AUGCUGGAUAAAACAACAAUACCCCUUGCCAGGACAUUGCUCGACCUCACCGUCCCGGUGACCGCCAGACGAGUAAAGACGUCGAUCUUCCCGGAUCUCUGCUACAGCUCGCGGGCCUUUUUCUCUCUGACUGCCGUGCUUUCAACCGGGGCUCAGAGAAAGGCCGAGAAAAACGAUAAUACGGAACGACUCGAAAGCGGCUGCACAACACUCGACCGCUCCAGAACAUCACUCCUAGCACUGCAGAGUUCGUGGAAAGUGCUCUACGUCUUCUGCAUCAGGAUGGGAACCGCUGCGGAGGAUGGCUCCCGGCUGUCGUCGAAUUCGGCGGCGAAAGACACAGACCUGCCAUCGAUACCCGAAGCGCCCUCUGCCGAAGCCAAAGCAACCAGCGCGGGAAACGGGCCAGCCAAUGGGGCCUCCUACAACAGCGAGGCCAGCGACGCCGAUGGAGCACCGACAAUGAAGAGAUUAUCUUUUGCGAUGAGACUUCCCAGCCUUCGGUUUGAGGCGGAGGACUAUCUAACUGGCGGAUUUGCACACAGCAUGGCGGUGUCCGCGGGUGACGAGGCUGCAGGCGGGACUGCUUCGCCAGGUGGCAUGUCUCCCGGAAUAUCGCCAGGAGCCAUUGCCGGACGGGCAGACGGCAUGACGACGCCACAGAUCCUAGAAGAGGGCGAGCUGAUGGAGUCGCCACCGGGGACACCAGGGCUGUCUGCCCGGCGAAGUGUGCAGUUCUCGGGACCGGAUAUCGUGGUGGACGCGCCAUUUGGCUCACACUCGCGGCAGAACUCGCUGGACGCGGGCAAUCCGUCGAGCUCGCGAUCACGGGCGUUUAUGGCCAAGCUGAAAGCACUGGCGGUGCAGGGAGGGCUGCCAUCGCCUCGGUCGCCGGGGACAGGAUCGACGGGUAUGGCAGCCGACACGGCAUACUCGUCGGCCACGGGAUCACCAACGAUGGCCCGCGGAAGCCGUCGGGCGCGGAGCCUGCAGGAAGAGGGCAGCGACGAGGAUGCGGACGCGGAAGAGACGGCGGAUGAGGACACAACGGAAGAGACAGCGGCGCAGUCGAAGAAGCGGAGACGACGGACACACUACCGGCCACCACCGCAGCGGCUGUCGACCAGCGGGGCGCUGUCGGUGGGCGGGAUUGCGACGGAGCCAGGGACGCCGGUGCCGACGAGCAACCGUCUGCAGGCGCUGCUGCAGCGACGGGCAACGAUGCCAGAUGUAGCACAGCACCGCGGCGGACUGUCGGAGGGCGAGGGUCGCGACCAGCUGGACCGACAGCACAACUGGCGGCGCGGCAGCAUGUGGAUGGGGCGGUCGGAGGAGCACGAGGAGGCAGACAGCCAGGGCGGCGGACGGACGGUCGGCCACUUGCGACGGCGAACAGCGUUUGGCGGCGGGGCAUCGGACAACGAGGCGGCACUGACGUCGCGACGGACGUUCUUCGCGGGCGGCGAGAAAGCGACGCUGUACGGAGCGCAAAAGUGGCGGCAGGUGAAGAACACGUGGAAGUUUCUGCGGCAGAAGCGGGAGGACCGGUUCGACUACCUCAAGUCAGCGGAGCUGAUGGCGGAACUGCGAGCAGGAGCACCGGCAGUGCUGAUGCUGGCGAGCAUGAUCCAGCGCGACGAGCACGGCAACAAGCGAAUCCCGGUGCUUCUGGAGCAGCUGCGGCUGCACGUCAGCGACAGCACACCGAUGCAGGACGGCGACAGCGAGCGACACUGGCUCUUCACGAUCGAUCUGGAGUACGGCAGUGGACCCAGUCGGAUGAAGUGGACGAUCAAGCGGACGAUCCGCGAGAUCCUGGAGCUGCACUGGAAGUACAAGCUGGCGCUGCGCAACGACAAGUACCUGCACACGGUGCUGCCGGUGGGCUCACGGCCGAAGCAGCCGCGGUUUCCGGUGUCGGUGUUUCCGUACGUGCGUGGGCUGCGUGGGCUGGAGAUGGACGACGAGGACGACGCGGGCAGCCUGCACGGCGAAGACGAUGCGGCGGAUGGAGCAGCGGAUGGAGCAGGAAACGGGGCGACAGACGGGCCGGCAGACAGAGGCAACGCAACAGCCGGCGAGAUGACGGCUGGCGAAGGCACGGCGACUGAUGUGGAGGGCGGCGGUGGGAUGCGGCAGCGCCGAAGGACACGGAUGACAGUCCUAGGCAUGAGUCGGCGAUCGUCGGCAGUGAUCGGAGCGGACGGCAGCGGACUCAACGCGGACGGACAGGCGGCACAGGACGAGGCGGCAUUGCGACGCAAAUACGUGGAUCGACAACAGCGGGUGCUGGGAAAGUACCUCACGGAGAUGAUCCACUGGCUAAUCUUCCGGGCAGACAGCAACCGGCUCUGCCGUUUCUUGGAGCUGUCGGCACUAGGAGUGCGGCUGGCGGCUGAGGGCAGCUACCACGGCAAGGAGUGCUUUCUGCACAUCCAGUCGUCCAAGGGGCUAGACUUUCGGCGGGUGCUGACGCCCGGCAAAGUGAUCGAGCGGCACAGCCGCAAGUGGUUUCUGGUGCGGCAGAGCUAUAUUGUGUGUGUGGAAUCGCCAGAGAACAUGAAUAUUUACGACGUGUAUCUGGUGGACCCCAAGUUCCUGAUCGUGUCGAAGAACGCGAAGCGGAAGCAGGCCGAGGCGGCGGCAGCGGAGAAGGACCGGACUCGGAAGGCCAAGAAGGCCAAGGCCAAGGGCACGGGCACGGAGCUGGACCUGACGAGCGAGAUGCUGACAUCGAAGCACCACACGAUCAAGAUCACGACGUCGGAGCGCAAGGUGAAGCUGUGGGCGCGCAACCAGCAUCUGAUCGGGCAGUUUGAGGACUCGAUCGUGGACAUGCUCAAGCAGACGGCAUGGCACCAGCGCCACCGAUUCGACAGCUUCGCGCCGGUGCGCGACGGGGUGUUUGCGCAGUGGCUCGUAGACGGGCGCGACUACAUGUGGAACGUAUCGCGAGCGAUCGCGAUGGCCAAGGACGUGAUCUACAUCCACGACUGGUGGCUGAGCCCGGAGCUGUACAUGCGGCGGCCAGCGGCAAUCAGCCAGAAGUGGCGGUUGGACCGGUUGCUGCAGCGCAAGGCGGGCGAGGGCGUCAAGAUCUUUGUGAUCAUCUACCGCAACGUGGAGGCGGCGGUGCCGAUCGACUCAGAGUACACCAAGUUCUCGCUGCUGAACCUGCACCCGAACAUUUUUGUGCAGCGGUCGCCGAACCAGUUCAAGAAGAACCAGUUCUUCUUUGCGCACCACGAAAAGAUCUGUGUGGUGGACCACGACGUGGCCUUUCUAGGCGGCAUCGACCUCUGCUUCGGGCGAUGGGACAGCCCGCAACACACGCUGGUGGACGACAAGCCGACCGGAUUCGAGGCCGCGAUGGAUGGGUUGCCCAAGGACGCAGACCACUGUCAGCUGUGGCCGGGAAAGGACUACUCGAAUCCGCGCGUGCAGGACUUCUUCAGCCUGCGCGAGCCAUACAAGGAGAUGUACGACCGGACACGGGUGCCGCGGAUGCCAUGGCACGACGUGGGCAUGCAGGUGGUGGGCCAGCCGGCGCGUGACCUGACACGACACUUUGUGCAGCGGUGGAACUAUGUGCGGCGUGGACGCAAGCCGACGCGGCCGACGCCAUUUCUGCUGCCGCCACCCGACUUCCGACGCGAGGAUCUGGAGGGCCUCGGGCUCUCGGGCACGUGCGAGGUGCAGAUCCUGCGGUCGGCGUCGGCCUGGUCGCUGGGCGUGAUGGACGUGGAGUGCAGCAUCCAGACGGCGUACAUCAGCAUGAUCGAGGAAUCGGAUCACUUUGUGUACAUGGAAAACCAGUUCUUCAUCACGAGCACGGAGACGCUCAACGUCAAGAUUGUCAACCGCAUCGGCGACGCGCUGGUCGAGCGGAUCGAGCGGGCACAUCGCAACGACGAGGACUGGCGCUGCGUCAUCAUCAUCCCGCUGAUGCCGGGCUUCGAGGCGUCAGUGGCCGACCAGGAGGGCACGAGUGUGCGGCUGAUUCUGCAGUGCCAGUAUCGGAGCAUCAGCCGGGGCGAGAACAGCAUCUUUGGCCGUCUGCGGGCGGCCGGCAUCGAGCCAGAGGACUACAUCCAGUUCUUCAGCCUGCGGCAGUGGGGGCGCAUCAACAACAAGAGCGUGUUGACGACGGAGCAGCUAUACAUCCACGCCAAGGCCAUUAUUGUGGAUGACCGCGUGGCGCUGAUCGGGUCGGCCAACAUCAACGAGCGGUCGCUUCUGGGCGACCGCGACUCGGAGACGGCGGCCAUUGUGCGUGACCGCGACAUGAUCUCGUCCACGAUGGGUGGCGAGCCGUACCUGGUCGGCCGGUUUGCCCACACGCUGCGCAUGCGUCUGAUGCAGGAGCAUCUUGGCCUGGACACGGAUGCCAUUAUGGAGGAGGAUCGCCAGCGCGAGGCCGAGUUUACGGCCGACAUGGACCAGAUCGUUAACGGCGCGGUCGACUACGGCGAGCUCGCACGCAACAUCCGGCUGGCGCUGUCGGGUGAGGACGACGACGACGAGGAAGGCGAGUCUGAGGCAGCCGAGAUGCAGAGAAAACAGACGCAUGACGUCGAAGGGGGGGGUGAGGACCGAUGGUCGGCAGCGAGAAGCAUCGGGGGAGAUUUGCUGCGAGACUCGACGGUUGUGGAUGGUCGAGAGGUGUUGGUAGGAGAGGGAGAGGGAGAGGGAGAGGGAAGGGAGAAAGGGAAAGGAAAAGAGAAAGAGGAGGAGAAAGAGGAGAGGGAGGACGAGACAGAGAUGUGGCAAAGCGAUGGAGAAGCCGAAAUGCAGGCAAACGACCAUGUUCAGCAAAAGGAACCCCAGGAAAACGAAGCAAACGAAGCGCAGCAAAACGAACCCCCGUCGACCUGUCCGCUGGCCUUUGACAUCCGACUGGCACAAAUCACAAAGGAGUGCAUGCGAGACCCAAUCGACGGGGCCUUUUACGACGACGUGUGGGCGCGCGUGGCCGAGAACAAUACCAAGAUUUACCGGCGCGUGUUCCGCUGCAUGCCCGAUUCCGAAGCCACCAACUGGCACGAGUUCCAGAACUUUACGGCCUACAACCUGCGCUUCCAGGAAAGCAUGGAGAACCGGAAGAAAAACACGACGGCCGAGGCCGAGGGCGGGAGCCGUCCGAACGGCGUCGGCGAAGAGGCACAAGCAGCCAAGCCGGAGAUGGAGAAGGCGGCAGCAAUGGAGGAUGUGCUGAAGCACCGGCCGUCACGCGACGAGUCCUCCGUCCUAGAGGUGCCGAACGAGAAGGACAAGGGGGAGAAGGGCACCGAGCGAAGAGCGACUUUUUCGACACCCAAAAUCAGCUACGAUGCAGCAGAUGGAAAUGGAAGCGGAAACGCCAAAGAGCUGCUGUCCAAGGAAGACGCCGAGACGCUGCUGCAGCUGGUGCAGGGCCACUUGGUGCAGUUUCCGUACGACUGGCUCAGCGUGGAGGAGAGCAACGGCAACUGGCUCUACCAGGUCGACCAGGUGGCGCCGCUGCAGAUUUACUCUGUCUUCGUCUCGGCCGCUCUUCUGGCCGCCUCGGCCACGGCCCAGACCACCUCUGCCUGUGCUGCCGAGAAUAUUGUGACGGCCUGUCUGAGCACCGAGAAUGCCCAGCUGGCCAGCUGCGGCACCAGCGAUUGGGACUGCAUGUGCAAUGCCUAUGUGAACAUCAUCACCUGCUACAACAACUGCCCUGACGACACUGCUCGCAACUCUGCCGUCGGCCAAAAGGAACUAUACUGCAGCUACGCCAGCGCGUAUCCUAGCAUCAACGCACCGCUGACCACAACCGAGACCGCCGCCAUGCUUAAGCCAAAACCCGCAACCACGACCUGCGUUGCCACCGGUAAAAAAAAAUAG